AUGUGGCUCCAACCUGGAAAAGUUCACACGGUCCCUGUCAUCAGCUUGGAUCUUAUUGUAUUACCUGGUCAAAUGGUCCCUAUGCAAAUUCACAACACAGUGUCUCGCUCUAUCGUCCAGAGAGCUAUCGAUGGCAAGAGCUACCUCGGGUUACUACCUAUUGUUCAGGGUGAAACGGGCAAUAGCAAAGAGCGCUACGGGAUUUUGUUGCAGGUAAACAAAUAUUUGAGUGACGGGCUUGCCAUGAAAGUGCAAGCUAUUGGGCGGCAACGAUUUCGUGUUAUUUCGAUGGAUAAUGAGACUUCGAGGGUAUUGCGUCAAGACUCUUUGGGGAAGAAAAGGGUGCUUGAACCGGGCAACCCUUUAAAGCGGAUGAUGGCGCGGUAA